AUGGACAUAAGGAGAAAGCAUAAUGAAUCGCCACAAGAAAACUUGUUAUUACAAGAGCAAAGUAGAAUCUUCGAGGAUUACCUGAAUUAUUCCAACCCUAGUAAUAUAACCAGAAAUGAUACUGAGGAUAUACUUAGCAUGGAGAGAGAGGAAUUCCUGAAGAAUUUAAAAAAUCCAUGUUGGUUCAAAUUCAUAAAUACAACCCAGGGUCCGAAGAAAGAACUUCGAUGCUUCCUAUUCUUCCAUAUAUUUGGUGUGUGUAAAUCUGAAGCAACAGAUCUGUUCUUCCGUUUGACCCAGCAUCCACAGAUUUUGAACAACACUGGUAUUUUAAAUAAGGAAACUCAGUUCUGGUCGUGGAAACGUUUCGGGCAAGACUCACCUGAUCACAGAAACCUAACUCUGGACGAGUUUUCAAGCUUUUUUAGAGCCAACGAAAUUGGGAGGACAAAGAUUGGCUUAAAUAAGAGGAAUCGCUACUCAGAUUUGAUUACAGGUCAUGCUGAUCCUAUGGAUUUUUGGGACCACAACCAUUGGCGGGAAAUCCCCCAAAAUAAUCCUAAUUCCAGUGAGCCUAAAUUUCUGAAACCCCACUUAGUAAGGCACGUGCAGCCGAACAUUAAAUUGAUACUUCUGUUGCGUGAACCUGCAGAAAGACUUUACAGUCAUUAUCUGCAUGGACAUUAUUGUGACACACCAGAAGAAUUUCACAGCGCAGUCCUGAAAGGCAUUGAACUCUUCAGAACAUGCUUGUCCAAUAACAGUCUGAAGACUUGUUUAUAUAAAUCUGACUUAAGUAAGGAUAUGAAACUACUAUUAUCCGCUAGUUUAUAUUAUAUCCAUCUACAAGAGUGGCUAGAUGUGUUUCCUAGAGACCAAUUUCUAGUGUUAAGAACUGAAGACUACCAUAAGGAUAUGAAAAGCACUCUUCUUAAGUUAUUUGCGUUUCUUGGUGUUGGAGACAUUUAUUCUGACGUUUUGGAACAUAUUCUUAAAGUGCCACAAAAGUACGAGACAAAAAACAAGCUGUUGCAGGGAUCUAUGUUGAAAGAAACCUGGAACAUAUUAACUGAUUUUUUCAAGGAACCUAAUAGAAAAUUGGCAGACAUAUUGAAUGAUGAACGGUAUCUAUGGAAGGAUAUGAGAUUCAAGUUUAGAGCUAAACAGAUAGCAAAAAACGAAACAGAAAUAAACUAUAUUUUCAAACUAGAGGGGAUAGAGUCAAUUACAUGUAGCUCAACACGAACUUCUGUCUUUAACACAGAAAAAUAUGUCAAGAGAAACAAUAAAGCUAACUAUAGUUCACUAUGA